AGAACAGGGGGCCACAGAGGCGGCCUCUCCAGGCAGGGCAGGUUACCUUCGUGGAGGGGAUACCUGCUGAUUUCAAAACUUUGGAGAUUUCUCACGUUUGUUUCCUUCUGAAGGCGCCCAAGAAGAAAGGGAAAGGCAGAGGUACCCCGAUUGUGGACGGGCUCGCUCCGGAGGACAUGAACAAGGAGCAGGUGGAGGGGCAUAUUGCCCGUAUCCGGGAGGAGCUAGACCGAGAGCGGGAGGAGCGCAACUAUUUCCAGCUGGAGCGGGACAAGAUCCACACCUUCUGGGAGAUCACUCGGAGGCAGCUGGAGGAGAAGAAGGCUGAGCUGCGGAACAAGGACCGGGAGAUGGAGGAGGCCGAGGAGAGGCACCAAGUGGAGAUCAAGGUCUACAAGCAGAAGGUGAAGCACCUGCUGUACGAGCACCAGAACAACCUGACGGAGAUGAAGGCGGAGGGCACCGUGGCCAUGAAGCUGGCCCAGAAGGAGCACCGCACGCAGGAGGGGGCGCUGCGCAAGGACAUGCGGGCGCUGAAGGUGGAGCUCAAGGAGCAGGAGCUGGCCAGCGAGGUGGUGGUGAAGAACCUGCGGCUGAAGCACACAGAGGAGAUCACCAGGAUGCGCAACGACUUCGAGAGGCAAGUGCGCGAGAUCGAGGCCAAGUACGACAAGAAGAUGAAGAUGCUCAGGGACGAGCUGGACCUGCGGAGGAAGACCGAGAUCCACGAGGUGGAGGAGAGGAAGAACGGCCAGAUCAGCACGCUGAUGCAGCGGCACGAGGAGGCCUUCACCGACAUGAAGAACUACUACAACGACAUCACCCUCAACAACCUGGCCCUCAUCACCUCCCUCAAGGAGCAGAUGGAGGACAUGCGGAAGAAGGAGGAGCACCUGGAGAAGGAGAUGCAGGAGGUGUCCUCACAGAACCGGCGCCUGGCGGAGCCGCUGACCAAGGCUCGGGAGGAGAUGAACGAGAUGCGGAGGAAGCUGGGCGACCACAAGCGGGACAAGCAGAUCCUGGUGUGCACAAAGGCCCGCCUGAAAGUCACUGAGAAGGACCUCAAGAGCCUGCAGUGGGAGCACGAGGUGCUGGAGCAACGGUUUGUCCAGGUGCAGCGGGAGCGGGACGAGCUCUACGGGAAGUUCACUGCGGCCAUCCUGGACGUGCAGCAGAAGACGGGCCUCCGGAACCUGGUCCUGGAGCGCAAGCUGCAGGCCCUCAGCGCGGCCGUGGAGAAGAAGGAGCUUCAGCUCAACGAGGUGCUGGCCACCUCCAACUUGGACCCCGCGGCCCUGACCCUGGUGUCCCGCAAGCUGGAGGACGUCCUGGAGUCGAAGAACAGCACCAUCAAGGACCUGCAGUACGAGCUGGCCCGAGUCUGCAAGGCCCACAACGACCUGCUGCGCACCUACGAGGCGAAGCUCCAGGCCUUCGGGGUCCCCCUGGACAACGUGGGCUUCCGGCCCCUGGAAGCAGCUGUGAUGGGGCAGAGCCUGGGCCAGGGCCCCGCGGGACUUGUGGCCACCCCAACGUAGCCCCACCCAGGACCCCUCCCUGCACGGCACCCCCUUUUACACAGGUGUGUGUGGGUUCGUCGGGUCAGCAAAUGAAGGCUUCUCGCGUUCGCCGCGU